GCAGGCAAUGGACGCGUGUGGGAAACUCACAGGAAAAUAUUCACCGCUAGCCUCCCGCCUUCGCGUUGCGUGUACAAAAGGGGCGUGUGCGUGCGCUAGUGUGUGUGUGGGCCAGGGGGAAUUGAAUAUGUAGUGUUCCUCUUGGGCGCUCAAGGAGUACUUGCUAAAUACUAACGGUUAAAGAAGUGCCUUUAUUAUUUACCGAUUUUCCUGGCUUUACUUUGCAUAACGUUAGCUUAGUCGUCCAAAACAUUCGAUCAAAGUCCACAAGUGUGUUAAGAUACAAUAAUCCAAAUGAAGCGGAAGCGAAGUGAAAUAAUUAUUACAUAAAUUUGUAGUUGAUUAAGAGUCAAGUAUCAAAAUCCCUCUACAAUUAAGGCAUGGGUUUAAGCCUUGAAAAUUUUCCUUUGAGCCGUGCAUGAAAUGCGCCAAAAAUCCUGCAGCUGAGUACGAAGUUCACCUUCGUCGCAUGCAAAAGCAUAUGAAAAAUCGAUACUAGAAGCAUCGCAGUUGCAACGCUCGACGGCCGCUCCCACUUUUCCGCGAGGACUACAGCGCCAAGGACAAAGUCCUUCCUGAGGAAGGAAACUAAGAGAUCGGGAUAGGAGUCCCCUCAAAAUGGUGGAUGCCAAGCCACAGCCACCCACUCCGGGAGCGGUGCCCGGAACGCCGCCGGCUGGGUUUGCCGGCGAGCGAUCGAAAAUCAAACUGUUCAUGGAACGAACGCCCAGCAUCGGGGCCCUCAAGUCCAAGUUCCUCACAGUUCUGGGCAACAGCAACGAGCUCCUCAACGGAAUAUCCAACAAGCUGACUCUGAGUAGCAGCAGCAGCGACUCCGACUACUGCGAUGACGACGAAGACAUUCCCAAGUUUGACGAGUCCAUUGACUACACCAAGAUCGACUUCGAGGGACGCCGGGUGAAGGCACGGCGAGCACACGAGGAAAUCAUCUCGGGACGAUACCGCCAACCCAAUUUGGCGCCUCGUCCCCGACUGGAGCCAUCUCGAGGUCGCCAUGCGGCCAGCAAGCUGGCUGGGCCGCUCCGCUCGAGCUCCGGAUCUUCGAGCAGUUCGAGCAGCAGCGAGGACAGCAGCUCGCUCUCGCUGCCGGAGCACAUGGUGAACCGCUCCCACGAGGUGAGCAGCACCACCCGAUCGGACUCCAUUGAGUCGCGCCACUCCGGCGGAUACGAGAGAGCGCGGGCGAUUGCCGGAGCCCGUCGCAGUGAAAUGGACAUGCAGAGGGACUCGCAGCGGAUCGGCGAGACGGUGGAGUCCCUGACGCCGCACAUCGACGUGCAGCCGCCGACGGAGGGAGGGGGAUGUGGAGCGGGUGGAGCAGGAGGAGCGGGAUCCGCGGGAAGACAGCAGUGGGCGGGCGGGAGCAACUCGAUGCGCCUCCCAUCGCGCAGUCGCGCCUCGAACAGCAGCACUUUGACCAGCCUGCGGGACGAGCCGGAUCAGCUGCUGGCCAGCCCCAGCAUGGAGUCCACCGACUGGCGGCACUUCAUCCGCUCGGAGUCGCAGAACUCGGUGCCCUCGUGGGCCUCCUCGAUCAGCUUGGAUUGUCGAGCGGGCGAGGAGCCGGUGAAGGAGUUCAUGAAGCACUUCACCGCCCUGCUGUUCGGCGGAUCCCCAGGAACCGUCGACCUGGAGCUCAAGUCGGAGUUCGGAGUGCUGCUGCGACUGGAGAUCGGCCGCCUGUGGUUCACCCGCUUCCUCACCGAGCAGCGGCACAAGUCCAAGCGCCUCGAUUCCCUCACCUUCGGCAGCCUGGCCCAGUACUUCGCGUUGGCCCUCUUCGAGUGCAGCGAGUGCGAGGACUACGCUCCGGCGGCGGUCCUCAUGAACCUCUGCUUCCUCUUCUACCACGAGGUGGAGGUGCCCGGGUGCGAUCCCUACCGCGAGUACCUCUUCUCCUCGCUGCGGCAGCAGCCCAUCUGGCAGCAGGCGCGCUUCUGGAACGCCAUCUUCCACGACGCUCUGCAGGCGGAGCGGGAGCACCGGGGUCAGAGCCAAAUGCGGAGGCAGCAGCGCCGCCAGCAGAAGCAGCAGCAGCGCCAGGUAGCCAGCGGAGGAGGGGUAGGGGGAGUGGGAGCAGGAACGGUAGCAGCAGAGGCACCACCUCCCAAGGCUCAUCGAAAACAGGGAGGCGACUCAUCAUCCAGCUCCUCGCACCAGGCGGUCCAAUCCGCCGCUCCAGCGUCCACUGGCUCCGUUCCGGCCAACCGGAGGCAGAGCAAGACCAGCAUCACCCCACAGCAGUCCGCCAGGGAUCAGGAGGACAUUGCAUUUCGACAGCUCGGGGCCUUGACCUGCAACAUGCACUCACUGGGAACUUCCCAAGAAUUGUGCCUCGACUUCCUCAAAAAAAAUGUAGUGGCCCUCAAUCUUUCUAAGGAUAAAGCCAAACUUAUCAGAGACAAUAUUUAUCGAAUGUACCAUGAGACGCAACUUUGGGGAGCCCGCCACACCUGAGCAGUAACAAGUGUAAAAGUACCUAACGAAAUCGUGUUUCAAUCUUCGUCUCAACUAAAGCUAAACUUUUGUCUUAAGUCAGCCGACAACUCCAAGCUAAUCCUAACUUAAAGUAGCAGAUCAAUGAAUUUUUAUCAGAAAUCUGAUGUUUUUACUCGCGUUGUUGUAACCGUAAAGAUAUUAAACAAGUAGGCAUUCUUGUAACUGGGUUUGGUAAGCUCUAAAAUUACAAAAAAAUUUAAACAAAAAUAAAAAUUUUUAUUUUUCUAUUGUUUAUAAAAAAAAUUGUUGUUCUUACCCUUAAAUAGAUUUGAAUGAUUAGCUUUAAAUUUAUAAAGAUCUCGUAGAUGAAUGAAUUGGAUAUGCAUAUCGGAAAUAUGCUUUGAAUCAAAGACAGUUACAAGAAUAUCAUUACUGCAAAAGUUAGGGGACAUUUAAAAAAUACUGAAAGUACAUGUAUCCAUAAAUUGUGAUAAUAAUAUUUUGUGAUUACUUUAUAUAGACCUAAAUAUUUACGUGUACCGAAAUUAUGCAAUGCAAAUAGCUAAAUAUCGCAGUUUAAAUUGUUAGAAAUCAAGAUCAAUAACUAUGCUAUGUAUGUUUAAUAUGUAAGAGAUAAUAUUUCGCAAUUGUUUAAUACAUUCAAAUUAAUAAAAGUCUAACCAAAUUCAA